AUGCUGUCUCGCGCCCUCACCACCGCGUUCCGACGUCCAUGUUCAACCCAAACCCUCCGCACCACCCUCCGCACCCGCACCCAACACAUCCACACACCAACAUGCUCCUGCGUACGACCCACCCUCUCCACCUUCCGCGCGCAAGCCUCACAACAAUCGAACUACGGUAUCCGAGACCUCGUCUCCGGCUUCAAUGGCCUGAGCAUGGGUGGACGGAUACAAACGCGCGGCAUGAAGGUGCGGAGUUCGGUCAAGAAGCUGUGUGAUGGAUGUAAGAGCGUAAGGAGGAAGAAGGGGCGAUAUGUGUACAUCAUCUGUUCAAAGAAUCCUAAGCAUAAGCAGAGGCAAGGAUAG